UGCGGGAGCCCGUAGCCUCCGGAGGCUUUUUUUUUUUUUUGCCUUUGCCGCGAUUUUGGGCUUUGCCCUGGGGACGCUCCCCAUUUCUUGAGCAAGGAACGAGCAAGCUUCAGCCCUGCGGUGUGCUCGGGGACUGCGGCCCCUUACCCCGGCCGGCUGUCCCCGGCAGGUCGGGCACCGGCAGAGCCCGGACGGCUCGCCUGGAGGGAGUGAGACGCGGCCUCCGCCCGCGCGGGGCUGGUUCGACUCGGUGGGAGCCCCUCGCAGCGCUAUCCGCGGGGCCCACGCAGGCGGUGGACGCUCCUCGCCCCGCAGCCGCUCGGUGUCCUGGGCGGGAAGGAGACGCGGGGUGGGAUGGGGGGUCUUCUCUUCCCCGCCACCGCGGCCUAGAGCGGGGUCCCCGCCUCCCGGUACCGAGGUGGAGGGUCGGACGGGCCUCUCCUUCCGGGCCGGGAGCGGCACUUGGUACCCCGGCAGCGAGCGUGGCCCCUGCGCCUGGUCCCGCUGGGCUGGGCCGGGCCGGGCCGGCCGGCUCCCGCCUCCACCGCCUUUGGGGGCGCCUUGUCCCGCUCGCGGCGCCUCAUGGCGCUUUGCGGCUGAAGUGGGAGGGAGAGGAAACCCACCCCCCUCGCCCGGCGACCGCCUUUGUAACCGCUCGGCCCGGAGCGCCGCCCGGCCCAACUCGCAGCAGCUUGGGGAGCGCCGGAGCGCGGCAGCGGGAGCAGAUGGAGCCGGAGGGUUGCCCUUGUCCUCCUUUUCAAAUCAAAUGUCACAUUGACUCAAAUCCAGUGUUGGAAGCACGGGGGGAACUGCAGCACAUCAGCCCGACGCAAUGUAUCCAUCAAACUGGAAGGAAGCCCAAAACCAAAACUCCACUGGCCAAAAUGCAUCCUCUGCAGAAACCCCAAGUACCUCCUAAGCCUGUCCAUCUCAAACCCGGGCAGGAAAGAAUUCCUCCUGCACCUUCUCGGCCUUUGCCAGCUGAUCCCAAGUCGUCAAGGAGCAUAGCACCUGGAGAAGAAGAAAUACCCAUAUCAGGAGGAGUCAACACACUCAUUGAGAGAUUUGAAAGUAUUAGGCAGCCUGUACAUAUUCUUCAAAGAAACCAGCUCAAUUUAGCUCUUAAGAUGGACCCUGGCCUGGACUCACCCAAACAGCCGAGCUUAUGUGACUGUGACAUGGUGGCUUCCAGCAGUUCUUCAAAUGAGAAAAGUGAACCAGAUGAAAAUGAGCCAGACGUCCCGUGCAGUGCAGAUCUGUCCAACACAGACAUCAUGAAAAUCAAAGAGCUAAGCAUAGGUGAUAACAAAAGCCGUGAAGACUGUACUGCUGUGCCUGUGAGCAAAGAGCCCUCUGCAGAGCUUGGCAAUAAAGACUCAACUGCAGAAUUGAACAGUAAUGGUAAAAUUCCCAACAGAGACAGUGGCAUUGACAGUCCUUCUUGUAGCGUGGCAGGGGAAACCUUCCCCAGUGAGGAAGGUGCAGAGCAGAAAAAGCCUAGCAUGGCUGGGAACCCAGGGGAGAUGGAAUCUGACAAAAAGGGCAUCAAACCUUCCUCUGCAGAGCAGAAGAGAGACUCCACACAGGAGGAAGACAGUGACAUUGAUGAAGGAAGCAGCGAGGAGCAAGAGACAGUAGAAGUGCCAAAGUUAGAGUAUUUGGAUAUAAACAAGUGUACAGAACCCCAAAAGCUAUUCAAUAUCGCAAAUGAACUGCUCCAUACAGAAGAAGCGUAUGUUAAAAGACUCCAUCUGUUGGACCAGGUUUUUUGCACUAAGUUGUCAGAAGCAGGUAUCUCAUCUGAAGUGAUCACGGGCAUCUUUUCAAAUAUUUCUUCCAUCUAUUGUUUCCAUGGACAAUUUCUUCUUCCUGAGCUCAAAACAAGAAUUACACAAGAAUGGAACGUCAACCCACGGCUUGGAGAUAUCCUACAGAAACUUGCUCCUUUUCUGAAGAUGUAUGGAGAGUAUGUAAAGAACUUUGACAGGGCAAUGGACAUGGUGAACACAUGUAUGCAGAGGUCCUCUCCAUUCAAAGAUGUUGUUCAGAACAUACAGAAACAGGAGGUGUGUGGAAACCUGACAUUACAACAUCACAUGCUUGAACCAGUGCAAAGAAUUCCUCGUUAUGAGCUUCUCCUAAAGGACUAUUUAAAGAAACUUCCAGAAGAGUCUCCAGAUAGGAAAGAUGCUGAAAAGUCACUGGAGCUCAUAUCUACAGCAGCGAACCAUUCGAAUGCAGCUAUCCGAAAGAUGGAAAAGAUGCACAAGCUUUUGGAAGUCUAUGAGCGACUUGGUGGUGAAGAGGAUAUUGUUAACCCAGCCAAUGAGCUCAUUAAAGAAGGACACAUUCAGAAACUCUCUGCAAAGAACGGUACAGCCCAGGAUAGGUAUUUAUUCCUGUUUAACAGCAUGGUGCUAUACUGUGUGCCAAAACUGAGGCUGAUAGGCCAGAAGUUCAGUGUUCGGGAGAAGAUGGACAUUGCAGGACUGCAGGUCCAAGAAAUUGCGAAACAAAACGUGGCUCAUACAUUUUCGAUAACAGGAAAAAAGAGAUCUUUGGAACUACAGGCAAGGACAGAAGAGGAGAAGAGAGAAUGGAUUCAGGUCAUUCAAGCAACAAUUGAAAAGCACAAACAGAACAGUGAGACAUUUAGAGCUUUCAAUAGCUCUUUUUCUCAAGAGGAGGAGCAUUUUCCUGAUUCCUCAAUAGCAAGCACCAGCUCGGUGGAAUCGAUGCCAGGAGCAGAUGGUGGUGGUGCGUUUGGAGGGAGUGAUUCCUGUAGGAAAUCUUCCAAGUCCAAGCGAGACAAGGAGAAACAGGCUUGCAAGAGCUGCAGUGAAAGCUUCAACUCCAUCACUAAAAGGCGGCACCACUGUAAGCAGUGUGGAGCAGUGAUCUGUGCAAAAUGCUCUGAGUUUAAACCACUUGCAGAUAACAACCGUCAUAAUCGAGUGUGUAAAGAGUGUUUUCUGCAGUUACCAGCAAGCCCUUGCAGCCCUGGAGUGGAAGCAGUGGGAGAACACAAGAAACGACUAGCUGCAGAGAAGCAAAGCAUCUUGGCAGCUGAAAACAGCCUCUUCAGCAGCUACCUCCAGUUCCUUGAAAAAGGGAAGACUUGGUGCAAAAUGUGGGUGACCAUCCCCAAGACUGAACCUCUUGUUCUGUAUCUGCAAGGGAGUAGCCAGGAUGGACGGAGCCCACGUCCUAUUCCUCUGCCUGGAUACGAAGUCAGUUUACCAGGUUCUGGUGAGAAGUUUGAAGUAAAGCAUAUCUUUAAGCUUUGCCAGUCCCAGCAAACUCUAUAUUUCAGUGCGGAAGAUGAAGAACUGCAGAUGAAAUGGAUGGAAAUUCUCACCAAAGCAGCCAAAGGGGAAACUGAAGAUACAGCUGAAGGGCUCAGCAACCCAUAGAGCAAGUUUCAUUUAGUUUCUUUCCUACAUGCUAUAAACCAUCAUCACUUGAAUUUAGUAUUCAUGGCACUUUGGAAUCUGUAUGGCUUUAUAUUUUCAUGUGUCUGCAUAGGAAAUUCAGUGGUUUCUCUCCUUUUAUUGUACAUUUUUCACAUGCAGUAAUUAUCUGGCAUAUAUUAUGUUAAAGGAAAAGGUAGCUGUAGUUGUUGGUGGUGUCAAUGCUGGUUUUAAAACAAAAGACAAGGAGAAAAGCAUUAAUUUUAUCAAAGGUAAUGGAAAACCAUUGGUCUCUCGUUUUCCUAAAUGUAUAUUUUCCAGUCCUUUUGAUUGCUGUUUAGUGCAGGAUGUGUAUAGUCUGUGAUUAGUUCUAUAAAUGCUGCCUUUUAAGUUAAAUGUUGUAAAGGCUUGUGCUGGCCACUGACAUUCCAUUUUCUGUCCUCUCACUCCUGGUAAAAGGUCUUUGUGAAGUGUGAGCAAUGUACUGAAUAUUUUCCCUUUGCUAAAACUACAUCUCUGCUAUUUUGAGAUGACCUGUUCCCAAGACAAAUACCAUGGAAGGGACUUCUAAAAAUAACUGCAGACUGUGCAGAAGAGAACAUUAAGAAGACUCAUUGAUUUUAAGCAUUUAUAGUAUUGUUUUGUUUUCUUUUGAAACCAAUACCUUCCUUCCUUCUAUUUGAACCCAUUUUAAUGUAAGUGAACAAACGUUUUAUACUGCAAACUGGGUUAUGAUCAAUAAACAAGAACAUUUUUAGUACACACAGUACAAAAAGGUGACUUUUUUGUUGUAUUAGUUAAUUUAAAAGUGACCUAGGAUUUAUUUAUAUAAUUUGUAAAUAAUGUUUCAUAAGUAUUUUAAGAAUUUUUUAAAGAUCUCAGCUUAACAGGAUUUAGUGCUUAGAAUAAGAGAUAUUUGUAUCAACUGAAUUUGUAAUUUAAUUUUCCUGUUCACCUGUAUUUGUCUCAUUUUCAAACUUAAGUGCUUAUCUAUUUAAAUAAAAAUUAAUUCAGUUAACUCCUGAGCCAGAUUUCCAAGGCACAGCAAGCUUUAGGUCAACAUUUAAUAUAGGUUUAAAGAAAGAAAAAAGAAAAAGAAGGCAUAUCUGUUCCCAGUGGUAGUAAGCAUGUAGUACUGAGAAAAAUGAAAUAAAAUCUGUCACAGUACUGUAUUUUUAAAUGGUUUGGUUUAACUUUUGUUUCCUCUUCAGCCUUCUACAUGUUCUCAUAUUGGUAGGAACAAAGAGCUACUCCAUACAGAUGGACUUUGUUAGGAGUGUUGAAAGUUGGUGAUCUGCAUCAGCCAGUACUUUUAUUACCUGUGGAAAAGGAUUUGGUUUUUUCCUUGUUCGGGGUUUGCUGGGGUUUUUCAUGUAAGUGUCAUAAAUAAUGUACCUGAAGUCCAUGAUGCUGAAAAUGAGAAGCCAUGUAUUUAAUCAGCUAUUGAUGCUCACACCUUCCCCCUCCUCCCUGCCUGCACCCCAACGAUCAGUUGCCAUGAAAGGGGUUUCUUGCAGAGUAAUUUUUACCAUAUAGUUCAUGAAAAGGAAUUAUUUUCAGUGUAUGCUAUUUCCUCCCCCAAGCUUCCCUGACAACAUAGUAAUGUAGAAUGCUUGCCUUGAAAAUGUGCUUGUUCUAGAGUAUUUCUGGUUUGGGGGUUGGUUGCGGAGUUUGGGGUUGGGUUUUGUUUGGUUUGUGGGGGGUUUUUUUGUUGUUGUUUUAAAGUUUUUCCUGUAUUACUCCACAUGCUUGGGUCUUUUUCUUUGUUACCAAGAGAGAAAUGGGAAGGGAAAAUGGUAAACCAAAACAAAACAAAUGCAUCUUAAUAAUCUUUCUUUUCCUAUUUUUAUUAACCAAAACUUUAGAACACCUUUUUCAAUUUGUCUGCAUUUUAUUCUUUUUUUAAAACUAUGUCAGAAUACAUCUAACCAUUUUCUAUUCCUCUGGUCACCUUUUUAUAAUAAAAAUAAAAAGUAUUUGUAUUGUACCUGCGGUGUUAACAUAGGAUGAUGGCACCCAGGGGCAUUUGUGU